AUGAUGCGGUCGUCAUUCUCCAGCACACUCUCAUUGAUAUCCUUGCGAUCGUCUAGCGUCGGUGUGUCCGGCAUCGCCGGUGUCAAGGUGCUGGGACGCCUCCAGGUGUAUCGGACCAGAGAGACGCUCAUGAACGGCGUCUUGUGUGAGCUGGACGUGCAGUGUCGCCGCAUAGCGCUUCGCUGCUCGGCCUGGCCGAUAAGGAACCUCCAGAGUGGCAGGGGAGCGCCACUCACGGGCGCGGACCGAGAAGGCAGCACCAGAAGGCCACGACCGCAGUUGGAGGCGGCCGGGGUGGGCGCGGACGGAAUAGGGAACCUCCAGAGUGGCAGGGGAGCGACACUCACGGGCGCGGACCGAGAAGGCAGCACCAGAAGGCCACGACCGCAGUUGGAGGCGGCCGGGGUGGGCGCGGACGGAAUAGGGAACCUCCAGAGUGGCAGGGGAGCGCCACUCACGGGCGCGGACCGAGAAGGCAGCACCAGAAGGCCACGACCGCAGUUGGAGGCGGCCGGGGUGGGCGCGGACGGAAUAGGGAACCUCCAGAGUGGCAGGGGAGCGCCACUCACGGGCGCGGACCGAGAAGGCAGCACCAGAAGGCCACGACCGCAGUUGGAGGCGGCCGGGGAGGGCGCGGACGGAAUAGGGAACCUCCAGAGUGGCAGGGGAGCGCCACUCACGGGCGCGGACCGAGAAGGCAGCACCAGAAGGCCACGACCGCAGUUGGAGGCGGCCGGGGUGGGCGCGGACGGAAUAGGGAACCUCCAGAGUGGCAGGGGAGCGCCACUCACGGGCGCGGACCGAGAAGGCAGCACCAGAAGGCCACGACCGCAGUUGGAGGCGGCCGGGGAGGGCGCGGACGGAAUAGGGAACCUCCAGAGUGGCAGGGGAGCGCCACUCACGGGCGCGGACCGAGAAGGCAGCACCAGAAGGCCACGACCGCAGUUGGAGGCGGCCGGGGUGGGCGCGGACGGAAUAGGGAACCUCCAGAGUGGCACGGGAGCGCCACUCACGGGCGCGGACCGAGAAGGCAGCACCAGAAGGCCACGACCGCAGUUGGAGGCGGCCGGGGUGGGCGCGGACGAAAUAGGGAACCUCCAGAGUGGCAGGGGAGCGCCACUCACGGGCGCGGACCGAGAAGGCAGCACCAGAAGGCCACGACCGCAGUUGGAGGCGGCCGGGGUGGGCGCGGACGGAAUAGGGAACCUCCAGAGUGGCAGGGGAGCGCCACUCACGGGCGCGGACCGAGAAGGCAGCACCAGAAGGCCACGACCGCAGUUGGAGGCGGCCGGGGAGGGCGCGGACGGAAUAGGGAACCUCCAGAGUGGCAGGGGAGCGCCACUCACGGGCGCGGACCGAGAAGGCAGCACCAGAAGGCCACGACCGCAGUUGGAGGCGGCCGGGGUGGGCGUGGACGGAAUAGGGAACCUCCAGAGUGGCAGGGGAGCGCCACUCACGGGCGCGGACCGAGAAGGCAGCACCAGAAGGCCACGACCGCAGUUGGAGGCGGCCGGGGUGGGCGCGGACGGAAUAGGGAACCUCCAGAGUGGCAGGGGAGCGCCACUCACGGGCGCGGACCGAGAAGGCAGCACCAGAAGGCCACGACCGCAGUUGGAGGCGGCCGGGGUGGGCGCGGACGGAAUAGGGAACCUCCAGAGUGGCAGGGGAGCGCCACUCACGGGCGCGGACCGAGAAGGCAGCACCAGAAGGCCACGACCGCAGUUGGAGGCGGCCGGGGAGGGCGCGGACGGAAUAGGGAACCUCCAGAGUGGCAGGGGAGCGCCACUCACGGGCGCGGACCGAGAAGGCAGCACCAGAAGGCCACGACCGCAGUUGGAGGCGGCCGGGGUGGGCGCGGACGGAAUAGGGAACCUCCAGAGUGGCAGGGGAGCGCCACUCACGGGCGCGGACCGAGAAGGCAGCACCAGAAGGCCACGACCGCAGUUGGAGGCGGCCGGGGUGGGCGCGGACGGAAUAGGGAACCUCCAGAGUGGCAGGGGAGCGCCACUCACGGGCGCGGACCGAGAAGGCAGCACCAGAAGGCCACGACCGCAGUUGGAGGCGGCCGGGGAGGCUGUGCUUGUUGGUGUUUACCUUACUCACUGGACGGACUGUGAAAGUGAGAAUGAAAACUUGCCAGUGGAUGGUCCUGGCGGAGAGUCGGACCUGAGGCAGGCUGGAGGACGCCUGAGGACAGCACCUGGCCGCUUUGACCCUUGA